GCUUGCUGUACGAAGAGGAAGAAGUUGUGCUUGUGCUGGUGAAGAAGAACAUGGAGGUGGAUAAGGAGUACAAGAAGGUCGGGGACAUGGAGGAGGAGGAUUCCAAGCUGAAGGACAUAGCUUUCAGAGAAUCAUGGGAUUGUGCACGAGAGGUGCCCACAAUCCAGGAUGAACAGAAACCAAGAAAACUUCUGCGCUUCAUUCAUUUACUGGUCACCAGUCUAGCUGGGAUCAUCAUGUUUGGACUGGCAUUUUUGAGCAAAUCAUCAUUUUUGCUGUUGAUAACAAUAUCAAAUCCGGACGGAAUCACCAUUUCUACAAAGCCAUACGCCUUACUCUUUAUAGGAGUACUUCUCACUGCACCCAGUAUGUUAAGCAUCCUAAAGAACGUGUGGAAAAUUUCUUUCAAAGACUCCAAGACUCCCUCAAGAAAAACAUUGUUAUGGGUGUGCUCUAUCGACAUAAUUGUGUCACUGGGAUCUGCCGUGCUUGCCCUCGUCACAAUGCCCCAUUUUGACAUCCUGACAAAUGUGAUGAUCCUGAACAGCAUAGGGAUACUGUCUGCUAUCUUCCAAGUGGUUGCCAAUGUAAAAGCUAGAGGAAGAAAAAGAUUCAGUAUCAUUUCAAUGUUUGCAGUGGUUUUACUUCUAGCUGGAUAUGCCCUGUUUGCAACAGGCUACAUCAGAGAAGCUGGACAACAACUGACAGAAAAGAACACUGCGUUAUGGAUUGGGCUAGCAAUUGCGAGCACGAUCUGUGUGUCUGCCAACUGGUGGGAAAACUAUGCUAGCCUGUUUCACAUUCAUUUCUUCAAAGAAACUACUGAAGACGUGAAAAGAGCCAGAAACAUUGUAACAAUUCUCUCGAGCACGAUCAGAAUAGCUGUCACGGCGAUAGUGCUAGGGGUCUGCGUGAAACUCUCUGAUCAGGAAUGGGAGUCCGUUCAGUCGGUCUCAGAGAAAGACAAAGUGACUGUCUUGAGCCUGUUUGCCAUCCAGGUCAUCUCCUCGGCAUUGUGUCGUUGGUUUGCAGUUGCUGCCUGUAAAAUGCAUGCCAUAAGACGCAGCUUUGUCUACCCAAUGUGGUUUGUCUCUCCAACUGUGUUGGCAUCUUUUGUUUUGUUCAUCUGGGUCCCCUAUUACAAGCAGCCAAAUUUUGUCUCGGUAGCGAAUAAUUCUUUCCCACUCUACUGCCAAAAUAUUGUAGCUGGUUACAAUGUAUCCGACUUCUACACCAUCUUUCUUCAGACCAUUGACACCUUUGAUCUAAUGCAUUCAGAUGUCGCCCAUAGCUUGUGUGGGCGGCCCAUGUUCUAUGAAGGGGAUCUUUUGGGCCAAGGGAUCCUGGCUAGUUCUAUUAUCACCUGGUGGUUAGGGCUGGUGCUUUGCACCAUAUACACCAGCUACUUGAGGAUCAAUCGCAUCCAGAGGACGCGGGAACUGUUUGGGUUAAGCCUCUAUGAAGCGGCCUUCAUUGACCAAUCUAUGCUUCUCAACACAAAAUUCAACAUUCUCAAGCUGAAAAAGGAAAGCAUCAGGGAGAAGGAGAUCAUGACCAUCUACUUGUGUGCUACCAUGUGGCAUGAGACCAAAGAUGAGAUGAUGAAGAUGAUCAUUUCCAUGAUGAGGUUGGACAAAUUCCGGCCCAGGAGAAACAACUUCAAAGAUGUGUGUUUCGAGUCUCACAUUUACUUUGAUGAUGCUUUCCAUACAGAAGAUGGGAAUCGUGUUGUGAAUGAAUAUGCAGAAACUAUAGCGGAGGUCAUCAAAGAAGUAUACGUGAUUUUCAUUGAGGAGGACACAAGCACGUUCAAAAAGGCAAAGGCACUUCCGAAACAAAAAGUCAUCCCAACAACCUAUGGUGGCCGACUGCAGUACACACUACCCUGUGGCAACACACUAACAGUUCACUUUAAGGAUAAAAACAGAAUUAGGCACAAGAAGAGAUGGUCUCAGAUCAUGUAUCUGUACUACCUUCUUGGAUGGAAACUCCACAGGAAAUAUUAUGAGGACUUUGAGAAUGGUAUAGCCAGGAUGACUGUGGAAGAAAAUUUGGAGAAAGAGAAAAAGAACACCUAUAUCCUGGCUCUGGAUGGGGACACGGACUUUCAGCCCUCGGCUGUGAUGCUAUUGGUGGACCGUCUCAGGAUGUAUCCCGAGGUGGGGGCUGCUUGCGGAAGGAUUCACCCCACUGGCACUGGGCCGAUGGUUUGGUUCCAGAAGUUUGAGUAUGCCGUGGGUCACUGGCUGCAGAAGUCUGCAGAGCAUGUGUUUGGGUGUGUGCUCUGCAGCCCUGGAUGCUUCAGCCUCUUUCGGGCAUGUGCUCUCAUGGAUGACAACAUCAUGAAGAAGUACACCACCACAGCAUCAGAGGCAGGCCACUACGUGCAGUAUGAUCAAGGUGAGGACCGCUGGCUGUGCACACUGCUGCUGCAGCAGGGCUGGCGUGUCGAGUACAACGCCGCGUCGGACUCCUACACGAACGCCCCGCAGGAGUUCCAGGAGUUCUACAACCAGAGACGCCGCUGGGGCCCCUCCACCAUGGCCAACACCCUGGACCUGCUGGGCAGCGGCGAGCUGACGGUGAAGAAGAACAAAUCCAUCUCCACCCUCUUCAUCCUCUACCAGAUCCUCGUCAUGGGAGCCUCCAUCCUCGGCCCAGCCACUGUCUGUCUGAUGAUUGCAGGAAGCUUCAACUUUGUCUUUGAUGUUUCACCUAAUUGGUCACUCGUACUAGCUAUUUUGCCCCCAUGCAUCUACAUAGUUCUGUGCUAUGUCCUGAAGUCCAGCACCCAGAUCACCAUUGCAGCCCUUAUGAGCAUCAUUUAUGCCUUCCUCAUGACAGCGACCAUUCUUUCUAUCAUUGGUGACAUGGUUGAGGAGGGCACCUUCAUCACCCCUAGCGGUAUCUUCUUCAUCAGUAUUGUGACUAUGUACAUUGUCACGUCCAUCCUCCACCCCAGCGAGUUCCAACUCAUCAUCUACGGCAUCCUCUACGUGCUCUGCAUCCCCAGUGCCUACCUCCUGCUGGCCAUCUACUCCAUGGUCAAUAUGAACAACGUGUCCUGGGGAACCAGGGAGACCGCCGCCCCGAAACCAGCUUCUGCCACGCAGACAGAGAUCCAGAAGAAGGUCAUGUGCCAAAGGAAGUGCAAGUGCUGCAGCUGGAACCUGGAGUUUCAGGUCAACGAGGACGAGGAGAGGAUCGUGCAUGUGCCUGUUACCGCUCCGCUGACGGAACCUGUUCCAGAGCCACUCGAAGAGAAAAAUGUUUCAUCAUAUUCAGGUUCAGAUCUAGACCAUUAUUGGGUUGAACAGUUGAGGAAACGAUCCGGGGACCUGGAGCUGGAAAGAAAGGACUUAAAUAACGAUGAAGUGGAGUUUUGGAAGGGUCUCCAGGAACGCUAUCUCAAACCUCUGGAAGAGGAUAAGGCCCAGAAGAAGAGAAUUGAGACAGACCUCAAAGACCUAAGAAACAAGGCCACAUUUGUCUACUUCAUCCUCAAUGCCCUUUGGAUUGUGGCGACGUUCUUCCUGCAGGAGAUAGGAGGGUCCGUCAGCAUCAAGAUUCCCAAGAUUUAUGCCAAUGGGACAAGAGAUCCUGAUGGCCAAAUCUUCAUCGAUCCCAUCGGCUUAAUGUUUGUCAUUGGCUUUGCACUUCUACUGGCGAUUCAGUUUCUCGCCAUGCUGUGGCACAGACUGCAAACAUUGAUCCACUUCAUAGCCUACCAAGGAACUGAGUCUACGGUCAUCAAAAAUAACAUGAAAAAGUUUCAUGAGAAUCUAAACAAUGAAAAGAACAUCUUCCUCUGACAAUUCCAUGGAACAGAUCAUCUCUAUCUGACAAGCUCACACAGUAGCAAGACCGGAGCUUGACAAAGGCAGCACAAGAUAAGCUCUUUUGGUCACAAAUGAUGUAAAUCGUUUUUCUUUUUUUAAUGUAAUAACACUUAUGAUCUGCACUUAUUAUUUUACUUGUAAUUUGGAAAUGGGCAUUUAUAAAAGUAUGUAUCUGUCUAUUUAUCUAUCUAUCUAUCUAUUAUAAUAAUUAUUUAAUACUAUACUUUCUGAGAUAAAACACACUUAGUUCAAAAUAUGUGUCAUUUGUUGUUCUAAUGUUGGUGUUAAACUGUUUGACUUAAAAUAUUUGAUUUGAUUUUGAAAAGAAGUUAAAAAAAACAAAAACAAACAAAAGAGAGAGACUGAUGUACUGUAGCACUUUAUACCAUGGGAGCGUAGUCAAUAUUACCCAUUUCUUUUCCCCUUGCCCUUGACCUUGAAUAGUGGGUGACAGCCGUAAAUGCACUGGUAAUUCAAUGUAAUGCACUGCAAAAUGAACUUUUCCAUACUGCUGUAUGACCACUCCUGUGUGACACAAAGCUGAAAAAUGAAUUGUACAUGUUGUUACCCACUGCAUAAGUUACUUACCCAGUGUUUGGGUGUGGUAUACAUGAAGAUGGAAACAACUAAGAGAGAUAAGAGAACAAUUCGGAGAAAUAUGACAACCACUUGCAGAAAGUAAUUAAACAAUGAUCUCAUGAAUGA